AUGGCACGAUUUGCAGCGCAGAAUAUUUCGCUGAGAAGUGAUUACCAGUUCGACCUUAAAGACGGUGGAUGGCUGGGUGGAAGAGACCUUGCAGAGAUCAGAGAGGCUGUGAGGAAUGCUUUGGAGUAUCUGAAGAAGAAGUUCCACCCUGCAUGGAAGACAACAUCAGAGGAAAGACAGCGCAUCCUUGAGCUUCAGAGAGAUCAGAGAUACCAGAGCUGA